AUGAGCACAAAGGCAACUCAACCAGGUGGUAACCUUGGGCCCGAGUUCACCCAAAAGGUGAUUGACUCUAUGGGCCCCAACACGCCUCCCCGCCUCCGCGAGAUCAUGGAUUCCUUUAUCCGCCACAUUCAUGCUUUUGCCAAUGAAGUGCAACUCACCAGUGAUGAAUGGCUCCUCGGCGUGGAGAUGAUCAACUGGGCGGGCCAAAUGAGCAAUGAGAAGCGCAACGAGUCACAACUGAUGUGCGAUGUCAUCGGAUUAGAAACUCUUGUGGAUGAUAUCACCUAUACUGCGGCGACAAAGAGCGUCAACGGACUCACCGCAUCCGCUAUCUUGGGUCCCUUUUACAGGCACGACCACCCUGUGCGCAAGAAUGGCACCACUAUCAGCUUCAACACCCCUAAAGAUGCCAAGCCUGCUUUCAUGUACGGUCGGGUAACCGAUGCGGUUACGGGCAAGCCCCUUGCCAACACCAGCAUCGACGUCUGGCAAGCGUCCACUAACGGUCUAUACGAGCAACAAGAUCCGGAGCAAGAAGACCUGAAUCUCCGUGGAAGGUUUAUUACCGACGCUGAAGGCCGCUAUUCUUACUACUGCCUCCGACCAACCCCAUAUCCCAUCCCUGAAGAUGGUCCAGCUGGUAAAAUGCUUCGCAUGAUGGAUCGCCAUUUCUACCGUCCCGCACAUAUUCAUUUGUUUGUAAAAUCUGAAGGAUACAAGCCCCUUGUCACUCAGAUUUUCGACAAGGACUGCACUUACCUGGGAAAUGAUACCGUUUUCGCUGUCAAGGAUGAGUUGGCGGUGGAAUUCAAGCCUCGUAUUGGAGACCCUGAGGCGUCUUGGGAGGUGGAGUAUAAUGUUACACUGGCGAGCUCAAGCUCAUAA